CGCGCCUAAAGGCUGGCCAAUGCGGGUCGGCGGAGAGGCGGAGCUCGUGCCGUCAAGGCCGGCUGUGGGAGAAGCUCCAAGAUGGCGGCAAUGUAAACAAGAUCCGGCGGGAUGUGGAGUGGUCUGCUACCUCCUGGUGUGAAUGAAGAUGAAGUUGCCAUAAGUUCAGAAGAUGAACAAACAGUAUCUCUUCCUGAGAGUAUCUUAAAUGAAAAACAAGAAGAAAGGGAAUUCCUAGACAAACAGACUUGUGAUCAUGAAGAAAACAAUAUGGCUGAAAACCAACUUCCUUCUGCAGAAGAACAGGAAUGUCUGGCAUGUCUUCCUGGAGUUCCCUUAGAUAUGUGGAAUAAAUUUCAGAACCUGAAAAAGAAAAAUCUUGACAUGAAAAAUCAAGAAAAAUGUCAAAGAGAUAAACGACAAAAGAGAAAACGUUCUCAAAAAGGUAAAAUGAAAAGCAAUGAAGAAAUAACUGACAGCCAAGAGUCUGUAAAGGAAAGACACUUCAAAGAGCUCACUCAAUAUUUUGGAAUCAAUGAUAGAUUUAAACCACCGGCAAGCAAGGAAACUACUCAAAAGUCUGGCCUUGAAAUCAGUAUAGACAAAUGUGUAGCUGAAGGUAAUAUUGCCCAAGCUGAGGAAUUAAGUGAUAGAUUAGCUACUCGAGAGCUUGGUGUGAAAAUUACAAAAGCUGUUGCUUGCCGAAAUUUUGUGAAAGCUAAGCAAGAUGUGGAGGCUACUCAAGAGGCCCGAAAAAAGAAAAAACUUGCAUGGGGUUUUGAAGCAAAGAAAAGAUGGGAAACAAAAAGCAACAUGGGAUAUAUGUAAUUAGUUCUGUCUAGGAAAGCUGAAAAAUUGUAAAGCAGGGGAAAAGGUUUGUUAAUAUAUAUGAUGCAUAAA